AUGGAAAACGAGAUGCUCUGGGAGGUCGUGCUGAGCUACCUGGGCGACGGGGCCCGCGCGGCGCGCACCUGCAAGCUCGUGAACGUGGCCGCGCGGUCUCGCGCGUCGCGGCCCUUCUUCCUGACGGCCGUGCACGCCGGGCCGGCGCCGGAGGCCGCGCCGCCGAGCCCCGCGCGGCUGCGAUCGGCGGCGAAGCGCAUCGGCGGCUUCCUGCUCCGCCAGGCGCGGCGGCGCCUCGGAUCGGACGCCGGCGCGGCGGGCGCGGGCGACGACGGCGGCGCCGCGGAGGAGGCGCCGCGGGGGAACCGGGCCGCGGCGGCCGUGGCCGAGGUGCUGGGCACGCUGUCGCUGCCCGCGGCGCCGCACGUCGCCGUCGUCCUCGCGUCCGGGACCUGGGCCGGGUGUUUAGGAGACCUGCGGGCCGCGUUCCGCGCGGCCUUACCCGCGACGACGAUCGUCGGCGGCGCGGCGCCGGGCGUGCUCUGCUCGACGGCCCACGCCGUCCGCGAGCUCGAGCCGAGCGACGACGCCGGCGGCUUCGCCGUCGCGCUCGUGCGCCUCGGCGACGAGGGCGCGCUGCGCGCGCGCUACGUGCCCGCGCGCGGCGACCCGCACGGGCCCGCGCCGGCGGCGUCGGGCCGCCUCGACGUCGACGGGGACAAGCCGCCGCGCGCCUGCCUCGUGUUCAGCGAGGACGCGCGCGCGGCGCACGCCGCGCUCCGCGAGGUCACGGACUUCAAGGACGCGUGGCUGGCCCGCGGCGCGCGGCCCUGCGCGGUGUCCGGCGGCCUGCUGGGCGCGGAGCGGAGCGUCGACACGGGGUCGCUCAUCUUCGACGCGGCGCCGGGCGUCGGCGACGGCCUGCCGACGCUGCCCGCGGGCGCGCCCGGCGGCGCGCUCGUGCUCGCGUUCGUGGGCAAGGGCGCGACGUGCUCGUCGGCCGUGAGCCGCGGCGCCGAGGUCGUCGGGCCCCACGUCUACGAGGUGCGGGAGACGUCGCAGCAGCGCGUCAACGUCUGCCCGGGCCACUCGAUCACGCUCGAGAAGGUCCGGGGCCUGUCCGUCGCCGCGGUCCGCGACGGCGCCGGGGCCUUCGUGCGCGUGGACCGGUCCGACGACCUCGUGUCCCCGGGCGCGACGCUCCGGACGCUGGUGAACAGCGUCGGCGGCCUGCCGCGGCCGCUGUUCCUCGGGGUCCGCGCGCGCGGCGGAGGCGGCGCGGUGGAGACGACGGGCUUCAACCUGCUGAGCCCCCAGCACCUCGACGACGACGGCGCCGUCGCGCUGGACGGCGACGUGCCCGAGGGCGCGCGCGCGGCCUGGCACACGCUCGACGCGGCCGCGUCGGUCAAGGAGCUCGAGGCGGCCGCGGAGGCGAGCCGCGUCGCGCUGCGCCUCGCGGGCGCGCGCGCCGCGGCGCUCCGCGGCGGCCUCGACGAGACACUGAGCGUGCUCGGGGCCGUCGUCUUCACCUGCAGCGGCCGCGGCACGAACUUCCACCGCGCGCCCGACCGCGACUCCGCCGCGCUCCGCGCGGGCCAGCCGCGGCUCCCCAUCGUCGGCUGCUUCUGCAACGGCGAGAUCGGCCCGCCGCCCUUCCACGAGAUGGGCGGCGGCACGUCCUCCGAGGCCGACCCCCACAUCGCGGGCUUCACGUGCUCCUCCGUCAUCUGCCGCCUCGACGGCGCGGACGACGUGGACGAGCCCGAGACGCUCCUCCCGCCGCCGCCGCCGCCGGAGGGCGAGUGA